GGUGGCGGUAAUCAAGCGAAAUUGGUAGACAACACCAAGGGCCUAGGAUCUGAAAUUCAAUAAGCAGGUUUGACUGCCUUUUUCGCCUUUUUGUUUUCUUAAUCGUUUGUUGCUACUAAAAAGAGUUAUUAGUAUCUCCUGGAUAUUUCAAACAAAAUGAUGGAUUACAAAGUAACAAAAAUCUUAGAUGACAAGGGUGAUAUGAGAGACUGUAUAGAAUUGGUCCGUAAAAAGGCUGAUGUUGUUCCGGCAAAGAUGAAAACUAAAACUGGUAUUUUUGGGUUGCGUCUCCAAGGCAAUGAGCUCACUGAGCUACCUGACUGGCUGGAAAAGUUUAAAAAUGUUCAAGAAUUGAAUUUAUCGGAAAACAAGUUUGAAAAGUUUCCGCUUGUCAUUGGUGAUAUGGAUGCCAUAAAGAUCCUUAAGAUGUCAAGCAACAGUCUUUCAUCGCUCCCCCGAGAUCUCAUUUACCUCCGGAAGUUAGAAGAGCUUUACCUUGAUUAUAAUGACUUUGAAGAAAUCCCUGAAAUUAUUUUUGACACAAAUAUAAAGGAGCUAUACAUCCGGAAUAAUAAGAUUCGUCAUAUUCCUGCAGGAAUCUCAAAAAUGAAAUCUCUUGAGGUACUAGUCGUGGAUAAUAAUCAGUUAGAGGAAUUUCCUGAAGCAUUAGCAGAGAUGCCAAACCUCAGAGAAGUAUUCAUAAAGAAGAAUCAGAUUGAAAAGUUACCUAAGGGCCUUCUUGCAAAAAUGAGCAAGCUAGAGGUUCUGGAGCUUGAUGAGAAUCCUCUGGAAUCACCUCCUCACGAGAUUGUGAUGAAUGGCAUAAAAGCAAUGGUGAAAUAUGAAAAGGAGCAGGAGAAUGAAUAAUCCUGCUUUUGUGAAUAGGUUUUCUAAAUUACAGUGUGUAUGGAGGUCAUACAAUUAAUUAAUAGAAUUUUAAAAGGUUGUUGAAACUAUGUGUAGCUUUGUAUACGUUAGCAAUCCAUUUGAAUCAGCUGUGUAUUCAAUAUGCUUCAUCAUGUAUUAUUGCUCAUAUAUUUGACAAGUUAAUAACUGUUGCUACUGUACUCCUACUACCUUAUUUAGUCCUGCUACUAUUAUGACCACACAUUAUUGGUAGUACCUGUAGUACAUUGACCACUACCGGUAUGUCUAUCUAUGGUAGUACCAUGACUGCACUAUGUAUAUUAUUGGUAGUACCUAUCACUGUAGUACCAUGACCACAAUAUCUAUUUAUUAUUGGUAGUACCAUGACCACUGUAUUUAUUUAUUAUUGGUAGUACCAUGACCACUACCUAUUUACAGGUAGUACCAUGACCAAUCCAUCUAAUAUUGGUAGUACCUUCACCACUAUGUCUACUGGCAGUACCAUGACCACUAUACUUAUUUUUUUUGUAGUACCAUGACCACUAAAUCUACUUAUCACUGUAGUACCAUGACCUCUAUAUCUGUUUAUUAUUGGUAGUACCAUGGAGGAAUACCAUGACCACUAAGUUUACCUAUCACUGGUAGUACCAUGACCACUAAAGUCUACCUCUCACUGUAGUACCAUGACCUCUCUGUUAUUGGUAGUACCAUGGCCACUAGGACUACCUAUUAGUUGGUAGUACUGUACCAAGACACUGCAACAUCAGAUGUACAAUAAUUAUAAAUUAUACUUAAUAACAUAAUUAAUAUAAAUAGUACAGUUUGACCUUAGACCUACUAACUUAAGUGACUGACCUUUCAUACAUAGAAUUUGGCUAUAGUAAUUUUGCACAUAAUUAUUAAUUAUAUCAACUGACUAUUUGCUAUUGUGUAUACCUAUUUUUUAAUAAAAUUUAUUGUGCCACAUUGUUCAAAAUUAAUCAAAAAGAUAGGUAUUACAACCUCAUUACUUUUAUGGAGAAGAGAGAGAUAAAUAAUACAUGCUGUACCUGGCAUUUCUUAGUGGUCAUUGAUCGAUAUGUAAUUAGUUGAAGUCACACUGUACAAAAGUUCUUUUAAGAUGUUAAUUAACAUUUUAGACUGACUGUACAGUAUUUCAUGAGGCUUAACAAUCAGAGUAAUAUAAGAUAGUAUAAUACAUACUCCAAGUAUUGAAAUGCACGCAAUCAUGUUGGGAUUCAAUAUUUCGACAUUAUGUCAUCAUUUUGGAAUAUAACAAUCGCAAAACACAAACUUAAUAUUUUCACCUAGUACCUUCCUAAUUAAAACACACCAAAUAUUUUCUGUUCUUUUUCAUCUUUUUGUAAGGUGUGUCAGUACAUUGUGUGGCACCUGAAAGACCCCAGCCAACGCUCUUGUAAUGAUAUGCUUCAUUGGUUUUCUAAAGACACAGUAGGCGUUUACAAAUCUCUUGGUUCACCUUUUGUGUUACAAUAUAAUAAACCUAGUGAUUUAUUUUUAAAAUGAUUAUGUUAGAUUAUAUUUACUUUACAACAUAUAAUUCUAAGAGUCUAUACCAUAUAUUAUAUAUCUCGGACAUUUGUAUUUAACUGCCUUUAAAAUAACAUACAGAAAACAUCAUUCCCUUAUUUAAUAAGGAUGAUUUACUUAGGAAACCUUAUGAUAAAUUGUAACCAACAGAUGUAAAGGUGUGUAAGAAAUGUUGCACUUUUUAAUAAAUUGUCAGGUAAUUAGCUUACUAUAAUGGGAGAUUUGUCUGCUAUAGGAGUGGUUUAAUGUAUAAGAAAUAAAUUUUUAAAUAAUUAGUAUUUCUUCACUGCCAACUGGUACAGUAAUUUUACUACAGUUUGAUGUCAGUAAUCAUAUGCGUUUGCUCACAGUAAUCACAAUAAUUACAUCUCAUGAGUUGCUCAUAAUAAUCAUGACUUGCGUGAAUGCACAUGAUUUUGUGAAACAAUUUUUUUAUUGACACAAAAUAUUGUUGACAAAAUUAAUUUUUAGAAUUUACAUAUUUUUGCUUGUGCGCUGUUUAAAAGCUGUUUUUUAAAUACACUUCUCAUAUUUCCCAUUUUUGUUUGCCAUAGUUAACUGUAGAUUUAGAUAAUUUAUAGUUUAGUUCUACUUGUCCAUUAUUAUUAUUUUUACAUUUUAUGUAUAUUAGGUACAUAUAAUUUAUAUCAGAUAUUUCAUACAAAUAGUACUGUAGCUGUAUUUGUUUUUGCAGUAAUAUUAUUUCAAUUUAAAUACUGUAUGUAUUGACAAUAUGGUUUUAAAAACAUUCUUGAAAGGGAACCCUUAGUUCGAAGGGAAAAGUCAUGGAAUUCGCUACUGAAUAUCAUGAGAUACUGUAGAUGUAUAGUAGUAAAUACUGAAAACAAAUACCUUGAUUAAUUCAUUGUUCAUGAUGUUUAUGAGAAUUCUAUUUUUAAACUUAUAAAUAAAUUAUAUUGUAAUACUUAAAAUUAUACAAAAAAUAUAUUUACAAAUAUAUGAUUAUUGAUUUAAUUCCUGGUAUAUUACUCUUAUUAUAGGAAAGAAAUAUAAUUGUUUUGAAGAAUUAUCUUUCAUUAAUGCUUAGACAAUAUGCUUGUCCCAGAUUAAUGGGCAUACUGUAAUGAAAAAAAUGUACUUUUAAAUUUCUUCACUUUUACAUAGUUUAUUUAUCAAUUUAUAUUAAUGAAACCUUGUUAUUACCAGUGUUAUAAAAAAUAAGCAUAUAUAGUGUGUGUUAAUAUAUCCAACUCAUUGAUCAUAUGUCUUUAAUGCAUAUGCUUAUCAUGCAUAAUAUUUAUUACUGCAAACACCUUAAAUCAUAUUGGACUUUGUCUUUGGUAAGCAUUGCUCAAUUUUAAACUGAUUUUGUAAAGAGAAUACUAAUUUGAAACAUGGAGACAAUUAUUCCCCAUCAUUGAAAUAUUGAUAUUUUGCUUUUGUUAGAGUCUAUCGAGUGUUUUAAACCUUGUUUCAAUGUCAUUCAUGUGAAAUAAUUGUUGGUUUAAUAAAAUGUCUUGUGGGAAGAAUG